AUGAAUACAAAUAUCCCUCCGAUUUACUUAACGAUUAUAUUUCUUUUGCCAACAAGUCGAGUACUGUCGCAGGAAGAAGCCAAACACACAGAAACACGUCUGCAGAGACUGGAGAUCAUUCUCGACAGACAACAGUCUGUUAUCAAGGAACUUCAAACUGAUAUUAGAAGACUGAAUUUGGAAAUUACCGAAUGUACAUCUAUGAAAGGACAUGUACCAGUUCAGAAGAGACAGAAUUCUCCAAAUGAAGUUGCAUUUUCAACGCAACUAACAACACAUAAAACUGGACUAGGCCAUCAUGCAGCAGUUGUAUUCAACAAGGUUAUACUGGAUACAACUUCCUCAUACAAUAAAGGCGAUGGUGUAUUUGUUGUUCCCAUGGCUGGUAUCUAUGUAUUUACUUGGACAGUAUCAGUAGGAGAUGGACACUGGGAGUCAACAGAAUUGAUUGUUAAUGGCACUCCCUAUGCUUAUUCCAAAGUGGACACAGCUAACGGUAGUGACUAUGGCAGUGGUACUCAAACUGUUGUACUAAAGGUAAACCAAGGUGACCAUGUAUUGAUAAGAACGGGGAACAUAGGAGACGGAGUCGUAGACGGCAAAACGUAUGAUACAUUUUCGGGCUGGAUUUUGUUUCCAUUGCAAUAA